UUUCUCCUAGUAAAAUAAGCACACGCAAAAAAAAACGAAGCAAGCUGCUGUUAUUUUUGUAUCGAUUAAGCACCAGUAAGUUUACAAAUAUAGCGUAGCUAAAUAAUCAUACAAGCAUACGGUGAUUUAUGGUGCAUAGUGCUUAGUGGAAUUUUAAAAUAUGAUGUAAAUUUGUAUACCUACCUAGUUGAAAAUUCGGAUGCUUGUGUUCUAACAAUUUGAUAACUGUUUCAAAAGAUUAAAACAAAUCGAAGAGGAAAACGAAAAACUGGCUUACAAAUCGCACGAAAUGUCGAAGCCUCUGGCUCGUUAUGCGGACGACAAAGAUUUAGACAAACAUUUAAGAAAUAAAGAACGCGAUGGAGAUCCACUAGCAAUAAUAAGGAGAAAUUUGAACGAUGAUAGUUCUGCUGAUGGUGCUAAGCCAAAAUACAAAGGAACUUAUCCUCAAAAUCGUUUUGGAAUCCCACCUGGCCGUAAAUGGGAUGGAGUGGAUAGAUCUAACGGAUAUGAAGUGAAAUCGUUGGGUAAAGGAAAAGCUGAAGAAGCGGUCAAAGAAGAAGCAUAUAAAUGGAGCACUGAAGAUAUGUAAAAUAGCGAGAUUCCUGCCAGCGCCAUCGACAUCGAGCUGACAAUUUACAAAAUGUAUAAUUUUUAUAAGUAGUGUUUCCAAUACUUUUGUGUUGUGGAUCGUAAUGAGCUUUUUCAAAGAGCUCAUUUAACGUAGGUAUUAAAAAGUUUUAUAAAAAAAUUUUCUGAAAUUCAAUCCCAAUUUUCAAAUUUUGAUUUAAUGUCUAAUGAAGUAGUAAUGACAUUGACAUUUAAAAAAAAAUUAAAACUCAAGUCUCAAACCUUC